GAAUACUGCGGGGAGAUCGCCAACGGGAGGAGGCACGGGAAGGGCAGCAUCGUGUGGCGAGAUGGCGUGAGGUACGUCGGGGAGAUGCGGGAGGACAGGAUGGAGGGGCAUGGGGUAGAGCUCUACCCCGACGGCAGCAGGUAUGUGGGUCAGUUCAGAAACAGCAGCCGCCAUGGGCUCGGGCAGUUCGUGUGGCCGAACAGGAGGAAGGUCUUCUCCGGGCAGUGGGAGGAGGGAUACCAGCACGGGGUGGGGGGUCCGCGAGGGCUGCAGAGGGCGAGCAACGGAGACGUGUACGAGGGGGAGUGGCAGGACGGGAGGUACCAUGGACACGGGAAGCUGAUCAAGCGCAACGGGAUCGUGUACGAGGGUGAGUUUGUGAGGGGGAAGAAGCAAGGCCUCGGGGGAAAGGCUAUGGUGACGCGCCUGAAGCUGCAAGACGGGGCUGAGUUCAUCGGGGAGGUGGUUCGGGAUCGCCCGCAUGGCUACGGCACAAUCACCUUCUCCCAGGACCCGGACGGUCGGCUGGAGUACGCCGGGCAGUUCCGGGGGGGGAGCAUGCACGGGUACGGGAGCAUGGUGUGGCGAGACGGGACCAACUACAUGGGGCAGUGGAGGAGAAGCCGGUCGAGCGGGUUCGGGUUCGAGGCCUACCCGGAUGGCUCCUUCUACCAGGGCACCUUCCACAACGACCUGCGCGAUGGGGUUGGGGUGUACGAGUUCUCCAACGGGCUCUUUUACUCCGGGGGAUGGCGGCAGGGGAAGCGAUUCGGGUCAGGGGUG